ACCCAACACCCACUGCUAACUGCAUAAAUAAGGCAGCCAAUAUCAAAGUUAAAAUUAUAAUAGAUCGAGCACCUGCCCCCACUCUGCGAAAUGCCGCAGCGCGCAAUUGCCACGAUGUGCACAACGAAAAAGAACAAGAACUGCUAUCAAAACACCAACAACAACAAUAGGAGCAACUAUUGCAAYAACAACAGCGGCAAGGAGUCGUCCUGCUUGCCAGUCCUGUGGGUCGCCCUAGUUGGCAUCGCCCUCGCCCUGAACCUGCCCGGCUGCCUUGGCGAACAGCACCCGGCGACGGCUGAUGAAGGUCCUCUGUCGGAGGUACUAACGGCCGUGGGCUCCGAGGUGGCGCUGCCCUGUGACCUAAUGCCGGGCACAAUGAUCGCCGACAAGGUGCAGCUGGUCAUCUGGUAUCGCCAGGGCAAUGUGAAGCCCAUCUACACCUUUGAUGCGAGGGGGCGUCCGCUCCACCAGGCCGUGCCCUGGGCCGACGAGAACGUCUUCAACAAGAAGGCCCACUUCUACUAUGACACAAAUCCGCCGGCUUUGCGCAUCAAGAACAUCCAGACCACAGAUGCUGGGCUCUACAAAUGUCGCGUUGAUUUCCAUAAAUCACCAACCCGCAAUUGGCGCAUUAAUGUGACAGUCCUUGUGCCGCCCACCCAGCUGACCAUAUUGGACCAUCAUGGAGCCGCGGUGCGCGACCAGACGGCUGGCCCCUAUCUGGAGGGCGACAGCAUCAACUUGACCUGCCUGUCCAGUGGCGGCGUGCCACCGCCGCGCGUCUCCUGGUGGCGCGAGCACGCCCUUAUCGACGACUCCUUUCAGGUGCUGCCCGACGGCUCGGUGCGCAAUACGCUGCACCUCAAGAAUAUACAGCGCAAGGAUCUGCUAACGAUGUAUACCUGCCAGGCCACCAAUGGCCAUGUCGUUCCGGCACUGACCAAAAAAGUUAUCCUGGACAUGAACCUGCCCCCGCUGAGUCUACUGCUGCAGGGCCUCAAUCAUGCCGUUGUCGCUGGCACACGCACCCAUGUGACCUGCACAGCCAUCGGGGCUCGUCCGCCGCCACAUAUCAUCUGGUCAAAGGCGGGCCAGAUACUGAAGGGCUCUUCUCAGUCGACCUCCUCCGAUGGCAAUACGACCAUUUCGGAGCUAAUGCUCAUACCCGUGCCGGAGGACAAUGAGCGUCAAGUUGUCUGCUCCAUUGCUCUCAACUCGGGCAUUACCUCCCAGCAGCUGCACGAAGGCGAUACCACGGUGAUGACGACUCUGGGCAAUGGCAACAUGGGCCUCUACCUCAAGGACUCGCGAGUGCUCAACGUGACGCAUGCACCCAUUGUGAACCUGAACUUGGGCGCGCCGCUCGAUGCCAACAACUUGCUGAAAGGCUCCGAUGUGUACCUCGAGUGCGAUGUGCGUGCCAAUCCCGCCAUAACGCGCGUCGAGUGGUAUCACAAUGAUAAGCAGCUGCACUCUUCACGCGGCAUCAUCAUCUCCAAUCAGACGCUGGUCCUGCAGGGUAUCUCGAAGUCGUCGCAUGGCCAGUACUUCUGCCGCGCCACCAAUCUGCAGGGCAGCGUGUCCAGCAACGAGGUUUACCUGGACGUCAAAUAUCCGCCCGUGUGCAAGUCCGACUCGACGAUUAUACGCGCCGCACUCAAGCAGACAAUCAACAUUACCUGCGAGGUGGACGCCAAUCCACUCGAUAAUCUAAAUUACAAGUGGCACUUCAACAACUCGCUGGAGAGUCUCAUCGAGCUGCCGGUGCUGGCGCAGCUGGCGCCCGCGACGCUGCCCCUGCAGCUGCCAUCGGGCGCUUCCGGCGGAUAUUAUCAGCGCAGCAAACGGAAGCACGCACAUGGCGGCCAGCGACUGCUGCACGGUCGCCAUGGGCGCGUGGCCAGCAUUGUGGACAUGACAGCCGCCGUGCGCUUCGAGGAUGACUACGACCAGGACCUGGAGGACCAUGAGCAGCAGCUCGACAGCUAUGCGGACUACGCGGAGCCGCCCUACACCCAAAUGGUCUACUCGAACAUGGUGCACAAGAACCACGUGGACGGCAAGCAGCCCCAGCGCAAGCAGCCCGCCCCACAGCUGCAGCCGGGCGAGGCGGGGGCCCAUCACAUCAGUGCGGCUAGCGCUGGACAGCUGGCCGAGCGCAAGCGCCUGGCAGCGCUGCACAAGCAGCAGCAUCACCGACAGCUCCUGGCCACGCCCACCACUACAACGGCGCCCCCGCUGAACAAUGUGUACAGCUAUCAUGUGGAGAGCUACGAAAGCUUCGGCGCGAUUUCGUGCGUGGCCAACAGCCCCAUGGGCCACAGCCAGCCCUGUUGGUAUCACAUCCAGCCAGCAGAUCUGCCGGAGCCGGUUAAGAACUGCACGGCGUAUAAUGCGACGGCCAACUCGUUGCAGAUCCAGUGCGUGCCCGGCUAUGAUGGCGGCAUUCCGCAACAUUUCCAUGCCCAGGUGUACGACGAGCUCACCCGCCAGAUACUGUACAAUGCCUCCUAUAAGUAUGCGGACUUCACAGUGAAGCGCCUGCCCAGCGACUCGGCGUUCAACAUUCGGGUAACUGCUGUCAAUGCACAGGGCUCCAGCAAGGUGGCAUAUCGCGUGCGUGGACGCACACUCUCGGCGCCCCUCCUGCGCACAGCUUCCUCGACUGCGGUGCUGGUGCAACUGACACCGCUGCUGGGGGCGCUAGUUGGCGUCAUUGCGACACUCUUUCUGGUGGCCAUUUGUGUUGUGAUCUUUAUUAAAUUCCGCAGCAAACAGAGCCGGCGGCAUGCGAGCGGCGAUGCGACCACAACAGAGGCGGACAAGGGCAGCGCCGAGCCCCUGUCCCGCAACAUGGGCAGCCAUUCAAGCUUGGAGGACAAAAACCCGGACGUAGUGCCGCAGGAGGCCAACAGCGAGGACGAAUUCCACCUAGAGGAGAAGGCAUUCGACCGCCUCAAUAUGGAAUCACAGCGCAUUCUCUACACGCCGCCCGCGCGCAUCAACACCGCCUCGCCACCGCCGCCCUCGCUAUCGCCCACAUUCGGCAAACAGUAUGGAGAGCUGUCGCUGACGACCAAUCCCGCUUUUAGUUUGUACAACACACCACAGAGGGCGCCAGCUGCCCAACGCCCGGUCUACACGGCUCCGCCGCCCCUGUUGUCAACACGAACGCCGCCAAAUAUUUAUACUAGAAUACCGGGACGCGGCAGCAGUGGGCCGAACGGAGGCGCCACCACCUACUUGCCCGCGUACGAGACACGCACGUCGCCAACCUCGCCCUACGGCUCGACCACGACCUGCACCAUGCCGCUGCUGAAUGGCCAGUCGAAUGGCUCGCUGCAGACCAACAGCGGCAGCAUUGGCGCUGGCAUCACGUGCAACACGCUGCCGCACCCGGGCAGCCUGCACUUGGGCGGCGUCUCGGCCGCGAUGACCAGCUCGGUGACCAGCGGCAACAUAACCAUCGGAGCUGCCCAGUCGCUGCUCACCUCGCCGCGCUCCCAGACCGCCUACAGCACGCUGGGCACCGGGGCUGGCACACAGUCGCCGCUGCUGAGCGUGGGCAGCUCCUUGAUGGGAGUCGUCGGCGGUGGCGCGAGCAACUACGAGACGAUGGGCUCCUGAGAGUUAGCCAAAGAUGACAUUAAAUGUCAGAUCGUGUGCAUAGGCGGGAGCAGUACGUGCACCACAUCGGGCGCCGAGCGCACCACCAUCGUCUAAACCAAUCCUCCUCCCCCUCAGCUKCACUACCCGGCCCUGCCCAGGCCCGGGCCAGAACUGCACUCCCACUUUGUAUUAUAGUUAUGUAGUUGUCCAGCACCUUCGUCUAGCUCUUCGAAUAUAGCUCACGGCAGACAUUUCGCAUGAGGCGAGGCGAAGCGAACAGAACUUACAAGACUUCCAAGAGGGCAGAGCGACUAGGAGCGAAGUUGAGCGGACUCGACUUGAACUGUAAACCACAAGAGAACGAAGCAUUUAUAGUUUACUCCACUACCCGAAGAGCAGUUUGCAUAUAGUUCGGCAUAUAUAYAUACGASRAUAUAUAUGCAUWUCGGUGAAACCAGGCAAUACUGAUAGUUUUAGCUUACRCUUACGAGUAUGUACCAAGAAACAGUUAGAUACUGAACUAGGUAUACUUGAGAUACUUUGUGCGCAAAUUACUUCAAUGAAAUUAAUGAGCUAUGCUUGUGAAUUCACCAAGAAACUAGUUUAAACAAAUACUUAACUAAAUGCAAAUACAUCAUAGCGAAAAUAUAUAUAUGAAUACACGAAGAAAAUCUAUAUGAAUGUAUAUCGAAGAACCCUUUGAGAAUUUAGAUGUGUCCCGUAUUGUAUAUACUAACUAGACUAAGACUAUGAGAUCCAUAGAGGUUAGCAUUAAUUAUAGUCACUUAACUCGUGUAGUCUGUAACUAAAUUAGUUAGUCACAUUGAAUCUACGAAAAGACUAUCCCCCUUUC